AUGACCCAGUCCUUCGUCUCCUUCACCGCCGUCCUGUUGACGGGAUUGCUGUCGCAUUCCCAGCCUGCCGCGGCGGUGGGAAUCAGCUGCGAUCCAAACACCCGUCCAUACUCGGCCUGGAUGACAGAUAGCGUCAUUGCCCGACGAGAUGCCAUUCUAGGUGACUUUGCAGCAGGAGAUGAUAUCUACCCGAAUAUCUCUCGGAUCGGGCUGUUUGAGUCAACCGUCAUCCGGUUGAAGGAUUACUACGAUGCCGAUUCUUGCGGCCAGGUGGAUUGGCACAGUUACACGCUGCAGGGCGCGGAAAGCCUUCUUCCGGCAGUGUUGAAUGUUUCGUUUGAUGUGAAUGCUCCGCUCACUGUGUUUGCGGCGGGAGAUCCUAUGUAUCACCAAUACGAUCGCGCGCCAAAUGAAACUUACAAACAAGCCCUUGAUACCCUUCACGAUGCUUUCAACGCAAGAACCCGCGACUCAGAAGGCGCCUUCUGGUACUUCAACGCCUACCCCAACUGGGGCGUCCUUGAGGGCCUCUACCCUCUCGGCUCCUUCAUUUCCAUGUGGAAAACCUACUUCGAGCCCACUAACACCACCCUGUCCGACUCCCUAAUGCUCAGCCUCGAUCUAUUCAAAGACCACUGCCACGACGACUCCAGCGGCCUCCUCUUCCACGGCUACGACUCCAGCAAGACCGCCUCCUGGGCCGACCCCACCACCGGCGCGAGUUCCUACGUCUGGAACCGCGCUCUCGGAAACUGGUUCAUGACGCUGGUGGAUCUACUUGAACGAUCGGGCAAAAACAGCGCCAUCCUCAACGAGACGCAGCGCGACGACGUCUACACGAAAUACUGGAAUGUCGCUAACACGAUCAUCAACGAUGCCGAUGAGGAGACUGGAUGCUGGUGGCAGGUUAUGUUGCAUGGUGGGGAAGAGGGCAACUAUAUCGAGUCUAGUGGAUCAGCUCAGUUUGUGUAUGGAUUGUUGAAAGGUGCCAGAUUGGGCUAUUUGCAGGGGAAGACACCCAAUGGAGUGGGAUAUACUGAUGCGGCCGAUAAGUGCUAUAACUAUCUGGUGAGCGAGUUUGUCAAGGAGGAGGCGGAUGGCUCGUUGGGGUACAAUGGGACUGUUGGGGAUUGUGGAUUGUAUGAUCCCACCUUUGAGUACUACACCACCAGACCCAUCGAAUACAACAACCUCUUCGGCACUUCGUCUUUCAUCCUGGCAAGUUGGGAACAUGAGAUGUUUGAGACGGGGUAUUAUGAUUAG